UAACAGUAUAUAUCAUGUUGGUGUUUGAAGAAGCACUAUAUAGAUUGUGUAAGACAAGUGAGUAGUGUAGUCGGGAUCGCGAUUCAGUGGGAGGGGCGACGCGCACCGCAGUGUUCCGCACGGCGCGGCGAGGCGCACCGGAGAAGAUAUCAAACCCGCCCGAACCGUCUCUGUGGAUCGGACCGACACACACCCGGGUCGCCUUUAGCGGAUGGAAACAGACAUCCUCCAACAUGUGCGCGAAUGUGUUUGGAGUGCUGAAAAGCCUGUUCGGGAAGCCCUUUGAUGGAGGCAAGAGGAUGGACCACGGCGGGUCCCAGGGCCAACCGGCCCCGCAGCCGCAGCCGCACCCCUCCCAGGGCCCCUUCCCCCAGUACUCCCAGUACCCCCAGUACGCCCAGUACCCCCAGUACCACCAGUACCACCAGUACUACCAGUACCCCCCGCCGCCGCAGCAGCAGCCGCAGCCGUACCAGCCGCAGCACCCCACCAUGACGCGGCUGUACGAGGUGCAGCGCGAGGUGGCCUCGCUGGGGCCCCAGGUGUGCACCUUCAGCGGCCUGCAGGACGAGCGCGAGUACAAGCGGCUGGAGCGCGAGCUGGCGCGCCUGCAGACGGACGUGGACGGGCUGGACACGGAGGGCCGCGGCGAGCUGCAGGCGGCGCGCAAGCGGGCGGCGCAGGAGCUGGAGGGCCUCCUGCGCUACCUGGAGGAGAACGCCCGCCACCCGUCCCGCCUGGCCAUCGAGGAGCUGAGCCGGGAGGCGCGGCGGCUGGUGGACGAGGGCGUGGUGGCGCCGCAGCGGGCGGGCGGCGCGCCCGAGAUCGGCGACGAGCUGGUGGACGCGCUGCAGGCGGUGGUGCUGCGGCUGACGCAGGUGAAGACGGAGGGGCGCGUGCCGCUGCGCAAGGCGCGCUACCGCGCCCUGACGCGGCUGUGCGCCGUGCAGGCGGUGGUGGAGGGGCGCACGCGGCAGCAGACGCUGUCGCUGCCGCUGUCGGGCGACACGCACGCCUCGGUGCACCGCGUGAACCAGGCCAUGGUGGAGGUGAGCGUGGCCCGCAGCCAGCUGGUGGCGCUGCUGAUGGGGCUGAGCGGGCGCGACAGCUGCGCCCACCUCUCCCGCGUGCUGACGGAGCUGCUGGUGGAGCUGGACGCCCUGGACGUGUCGGGCAACGCGGCGGUCAGGAACUACCGCAAGCAGGUGGUGGAGGAGAUCAACGGGCUGCUGAAGCACCUGGACCUGGAGGUGGAGGGCGACGACACGCGCAGGUAUGACCUGGCGCAGAACGACUCCAUCCGGGAGAUCGAGGCGGUGCGCGGCCACGUGUCCCACCUGCGGGGCGAGGUGCUGCGCUACGCCGGCUCCCGGGACGAGAUCCGGCCCAAGGCGGAGCUGCAGAGCCUGCUCACCCACCUGGACCAGGUGGACACGGCGAAGAACCCCUGCAUCCGCGAGGCGCGCCGCCGCGCGGUGCUGGAGGUACAGGCGCUGGUCACCUUCCUGGACCUCCGCGAGGCCCUGGCGCGCCGGCAGACGGGCCCCGGGGAGCCCCCCGCGCACCGGGCCGUGUGGCUCGUGCUGGGCAGCCUGUCGGAGCUCCAGGCCCAGGUGCUGGGCUUCGGGGGCAAGCGCGCCGACAAGAGCUACAUCCUGCUGGAGGAGCUGCUCACCAAGCAGCUGCUGGCCCUGGACGCCGUGGACCCCCAGGGGGACGAGAGCACCAAGGCCGCCCGCAAGCAGGCCGUCAAGUUCGCCCAGAACAUUCUGGGCUACCUGGACCUGAAGACGGACGAGUGGGAGUACUGAGCGUCUCCCCCCGGGCGUCUCCAGGGCAGGGGGAAGCUCGGAGCAGGAAAAACGGGAACGCUUUGUAAAUAAACGGCUCCGUCCGGCGGUCCGCCGUGUGUAAAUACGGACUCCGACUCCCAGAAUACACUGCGGCGGCGUGUCGUGUUCCCUUGUUGACGGUGUCGCCGUGGCGAGAAGCCACGGGCAAGAACAACACAUUUUGUGAGAUACACGUGAAAAAACGUAUUCCAGUGACACUUUUGCUUUUUGAAGGUUUACAGAGUUUUUUCUAAAGAAUAUCCUGUAUGUGGUCGUAUGCAAGUUGUCCCGUUAUGUGUCCUCGUGUUUGUCGUCUAUUCGCCGGCUGCAAAAGCGCUAAAAGAAUAACAUCCGUCUCCGUCGCUGCAGGCGUCAGCGAGCCGCACGACCGCGCCCACGUUAACCCUCGCUCGCGACCCUCUACCGUGGUCCGACGGUAACUCGCACAGAGAACCCCCCGGGGCGGUGACGGCGGGAUCAUUGAUGGAGCGCUAUAUAGGUUCGGACGCCGGUGGACGUGGCGGCCACGAAACGUUCACCUUGACCCGCUCUAAAACCAAAAGAUUGGUUUUAUUUAAAGUGUGAUACGAAGGGUGCCGGCGUACGCACAACUUGGCAAGGAAGUCGACCUCAGACUGAUUCCACCUCCGGAGGCGGCUCCACAAACACAGAGGCGCUGCCAGGACUGACACCGCGGGGGGCAACGCUAGGCUCACACUUGGACGGCCCCGGGGUGUUCAUUCGGAAGCAGGAUAUUAAAAGCGCCCCUAUUUAGAGAUCAGCCCAUUAGAGACACACUACGGUCACAAUGGGGAGUGUCUACCCAUAUGUGUGAUGGGUAGUUCGGCCUACCAGUUAGUGCAGUGCAGCAGGUAGGCUGGCAGUUUAUCAGUAGACCAGAGACUACCAGUUGGUACAGUCCACUGGUUACUGGUAGGUUAGUCCACUGGUUAUUGGUAGGUUAACACUAGACCAGAGACUACCAGUUGGUACAGUCCACUGGUAGGUUAUCAGUAGACCAGAGACUACCAGUUGGUACAGUCCAGCUGGUUACUGUUAGGUUAUCAGUAGACCAGAGACUACCAGUUGGUACAGUCCACUUGGUUACUGGUAGGUUAUCAGUAGACCAGAGACUACCAGCUGGUACCGUCCACUGGCUAGGCGAGUCUAUCUACACUAGGCUCCAUGCGAGUCGACGCACGCUUGGAUCUGUUACAUUCGAGGCCAAAGUCUUUAAAGACACUAAUUACAGCGAGAGCAGUUGUUGUUUUUACAGCACUGACGCUAGGUCACUCUACCAGCAUGCUAGCAUGAUUAGCUGGUGUGUGUGUGUGUGUGUGUGUGUGUGUGUGUGUGUGUGUGUGUGUGUGUGUGUGUGUGUGUGUGUGUGUGUGUGUGUCUUGAGAUACCAGCGCUGGCCUCCCGGUUAUUCUGUCACCGAGCAACCCUCAAACCUGAUUAAAGAAACCCUACGACCCCACCUGGUGUGGUGUUCACGUGCCCCCGACAGUGGCAACCCAAGUGGGAGUGUAGAUCCCCAUACCAGCCCACCAUACCACCUGUGUAUCCACUGGUGGGUUUAUCCAUCCAUCAUACUGGCUGGACACGCCCCCUUGUGAGGUCACUAAUGGGCGGGUUUUGAAAUGGCUUGUCAUGGCUGAUCAACGUCACACGCACUCGAACAGCAAAACACCAUUUCCUCUUCCUACAGUCGUGACUGUGUGUGCACUGGCCUGUCGUCGGACUAGGGCGGGGUCCAGACAGAAAGCUCCUCAAGGGGGGGGGGGGGGGGGGGUGACUGACCAGCGCUAGGGGGGGAGUAAGGUCAGGAGGACCUGGACUGGUAUGACGGCUGAAAGCAACACAGGACCUGACAGUUCGGUGGAUAGCCCUAGCUGAACAUAUUUAGCGGGCUGGCUGGUAGUUGCUAGCUGACCGUUGCUAGGUACAGUUGCUGGCUAGCCGGUAGUUGCUAGCUGACCUGAGCUGGCGACCGUUGCUAGGUGUAAUGGCUGGCUAGCUGGCAGUAGCUAGCUUCCAGGCGCCAGCGGUGAUGUGAUUACAGUUGACAGCGUUGGAGUCUCCGCUGGACUGCGGAGGAGGGAGGAGGAGUAUAGAAUCUCUGUGCCUUUAUUUAUAACCUCCCCUUUUGUCUGUUGAACAAAGACUCCACAACCACGCUUUCAAUGUCUUAAUGCACAAAACGUAGGAGAAUAGGACUGAAUGUUGGUAGUUAAUAUAUGUAUCCCAAAUAAAUAAAUUUGCACUAGUCACUAAGGUUGUUUUUUUUAUAAUUAGAAAAUGUUUGACCAGUAGGUUUAAAAUCCCUUCUUCUUCUUCUACCGUUCCAUGUUUUCCAAAUCAUACUUAAACUUAAUUCAACCAAUCAAAUACUUGGCGAUGGUUUCGUAAGUGAAAGUCCCGGGCCCGGACUGGAUUAUUGCGUGGAUUAGAGUCAGUGGGCCCGGUAAAACCCAGAUGGAAAAUAUGAGCUAGCCAAUCAGAGCGGUUUUACAAGUCAUGACUAAGCAAGGCAUGGGGAACUUCCUGAUCCAAAGUUAAAGUCCGCUCCAGGGUUUAUAUAAGGACGGUGGGCUGGGUGAAGGGUCAUCCUACUCUAGGAGGCCUACAGGUUAGGCUGAAGGUGUUGGGGAUCGAACCCAGUACCGAUUGGCUGAGGCAUGACGUCAUAUAUCAACAUCCAAUGGCUCCAGAGCAGAAAACCUGGACUGACCUUCUGAAAUGGCACAGUCCGUCACCAAUCUAAGAAAUCCGACCUGAAAUUAGAAGCGCCGGUCAAACCCAGGGGAGGGGCCUAACUGGAUGAAGGGAGGGGCCUAGUUGAGGGGGAGGGGCUAUCUGGGGAGCAGGUCACAUGAUGAGAUAUAGACAUUCAGACCAACCCAGUGUAGGAAACAUAAUAUGUACAUCUUCUAUUCCGUCCCAAAGACAUCAGUAUUUAUCUCGUUAGUGCUGCUGUAGGAGGAGGUGAGACUAGGUGUGUGUGUCACGUGACGUGUUGUUAAGGUGUGUGUGCUCGCGCGAUGGUUGUUUCGUCCUAGAGCCCCUGCGGCCGCCUUGGUUCUAGACGCCCGCUCUGAUUGUGUUGAGUUCCCCGUCGAGCAGAACCAGGACUGCCGCAAGGUGAAUAAGGCAAAUUGGUAAUAAAGUACAGACUUUGAGCGCUUAUGCUACGCAGUGGAUAUAUUUUACAAUAAUUUAAUCACAUCAAGUUUUGAAUUAUGCAUAAUCGGAUCACGUGUGUUCUAUGGAUUGUUUUUAAAAAGCAAAAUGCAAGCAAUGCAUCGCGCUCAAGUUCCAUAAAGAUUAAUAGCUUUAACGCCCCGUAGCAGUGUUCUCUCCUGGAGCUAAUUAAAUAUGAUGCAAGUUUAAUUUUGCUUCUUUUAAUAAUUGAUACUGAUCAAAGAAAUUUAAUUCUGCACUCCCCGGCCCGCCUUUGAACGAACUAAACGCUUGCAGAAGAGUAAGGUCUCCCCUUGAAUGUAGUUUUUGCAGAAUGUCAUGUUUAUGUAUUUCCAACGACCAGAUAAAAAUUAAUUUAAGCACA